AUGAUACUAGCCAAAAUCCGAUCAUAUCAAGCAAAUAUAAGAUUCAAAGUUGAUGAACCACUUGUAGCCAGUAUUUUUGCACCAAACAGUAAUCAAGAUCAAUCAACAACUGAACUCAAUGGUAAAUUUAUUCACUCAGAGGUAUCGAUUGAUGUUCUUCUUCGAAUGAAAUCAAACCCAACGGACAAGAAUGAAUUCAUCGAUCUAUGCAAAGAAGAAUACAAAGAUAACGAGGAAGAAUUGGCAAUUAUAGAAGAAUUUCAACAAAGUUAUUCACCUGAUCGAGCUCUGUGGUGGUAUACACGAGAUUCAUUCCUUUAUCGGUUACUAAACAAAGCCCUUCGUGUUCAAAAUACUGACAUAAUCUUUCUCUUUCGAUUUUUUAUUCGUGAUAUAGAACGACAACUCGAACAAUAUAAAUGUACGGCACCCAUACGCGUCUAUCGAGGUCAAUUGAUGCCGAACGAAGAAUUAAAAAUAUUGAAAGAUUCUAUUGGACAUUUUAUCUCCAUGAACUCAUUUCUUUCGACGAGUAUCGAGCGGAAACAAGCACUUGAAUUUCUCAAUGCUACUACUAUCUCAGAUGAUUUGCAAUGUGUCUUAAUUACGAUUGAUGCCGAUCCUCGACUUGAUGGUGUCAAACCUUUUGCCAAUAUUACCACUCAUAGUUAUUUUCCCGACGAAAAAGAAGUACUCAUGAUGUUGGGAUCCAUCUUUCAACUGAUUGAUAUUCGAAGCGAUGAUAAAAUAUGGCUCAUGCGAAUGAAAUUAUGUGGCGAUAAUGAUCAUGCAUGGAAGCCUAUCUUUGCACAGAUGAAAAACCAAUACGGUGGAGGUGAUGGACAAACCGAUCUUCUCUCAUUUGGAUCAGUACUCAGUGAUAUGGGGAAAUACGAUGAUGCUGAAAAAUACUUUCGUCGUCUACUUAAUGAACUUCCUCAUGGUCAUGAUGGUAUUGCUCAUUGCUAUCAUAAUCUUGGCGAGAUUGCUCUUGAAAAAGGUAACUAUGACGCCAGUCUCGAGUGGUUUUACAAAUCGCUUGAAAUCAAGAUGCAAACGUUGCCGUCGCAUCAUCCUGAUCUUGCCGAGAGCCACAACAGUAUAGGAAUAGUGCAUCGGAAGAAAGGUGAUUACGAACGAGCACUACAGUCUUACACUAAGGCAUUAGCGAUUUUUAAGCAAGCAUUCAACGAGGAUAACACAAAAAUAGCCAAAUGUUACAAUAAUAUUGGUAAUGUCUACCAGUUAGAGACGAAGUACUCAGCUGCACUUGAAUAUUAUCAAAAAGCACUAGCCAUUCAACAACGUCAAUUUCAUGGUGAUUAUCCAGACUUAGGCUCAUCAUAUGGCAAUAUUGGUGGUGUUUACCAGUGUCUUGGUCAGCAUGAUCAUGCAUUGAAAAAUUAUAAAAUGUCACUCGAAAUUCUCGAAAAGUCACUUCCUUCUCAACAUCCAUUGAUUGCGACGACGUUCAAGAAUAUAGGGGUUGCCUACGAGAACGAAGGCGAGUUGCAGCAAGCAUUGGCAUAUUUUGAAAAAGCAGAGGCUAUUCGUCGUCAAGCAUUAUCUUCGACACAUCCUCAUAUUCGUCUUAUUGAGGAAGACAUUCAACGUGUAAAAGCUCAAAUGAACAAAUUUUCGUAG